AUGAAGAGUAGUAGUAACUGGUCUAAUUUCCAUAAGAUUGCGAGAAAUUCCUUCAUAGCUGCUUCCACUGUUUGCGUUACGAACGAAUUCAACUUCUCAAAUACUUGUCUUCCUGAUCGUAGAAGCUUCUGCUUUGUAGCUGGAAAUCGAUCGAGCUUUGUAGAGUUGAAAUCGGAGGAGGAGUUUAACAAUGCAUUGAGCAAAGCUCGAGACGGAUCUGUGUCAUCGGUUUUCUAUUACACUGCCGCAUGGUGUGGACCUUGCAGGCUUAUCUCUCCUGUAAUGUUGGAGCUCAGUGAGAAAUAUCCUCAUGUAACAACAUAUAAAGUCGACAUUGACGAGCGCGGCCUUUCAAAUGCUAUUGGAAAAUUAAAUGUCGCUGCUGUGCCAACCCUGCAAUUCUUUAAAGGAGGCGUAAAGAAAGCAGAGAUCGUAGGCGUAGAUGUUGUAAAGCUGAGGAGUGUCAUGGAAUAUCUCUACAAGUGA